ACAUCGGGUGAAAAAUUAAAAAUAAAAACAAGAAAACACUAUCCUGUGUGCUUGUGUGUGGUUUGUUGGGCUUUUUUGGCACCCUUUUUUCCCUCUUUAUGUAGUAGUUACAAAUUUCCACUUAGAAUCCACUGUAUUUCUCUCCCUUGAAUCUCUCCUUUACCCUAAACAUAGAAUCUUCAUUUCACUACUUAAACCUCCAUUUCAUGGAAUAGCCUCCAACCCCCUCCUCCCCCCCCCCCCCCCCCCCCCCCCCCCCCCCACACACACACCCCAACAAACCAAACUUGUAAAAUGAGAUAUUUUUGAUAAAGUGUCAUUGAGUGUGUUUCUUGAUUUUGCUUUAAUGGCUAAGAAUAGUUAUGAUUUUGUAGGAGUAGACCUUUUAUGUACAGAAGCAGAAAGUUGUGUUUUUGAUGAUUUUGAUUCAUUGGAUAUAGGUGAAAAGAACGAUGAAAUUACUAGUAAAGAUUUGAGCUUUAUCGAAAAUGGUAGUGGAUCAGAUGGUUUGAUUGAUUUGCCAAUUUUAAGUGAAGAAAGGUUUAGUUUUAUGGUGAAAAAGGAAAUUGAUUUUUUGCCUAAAGAUGAUUAUUUGAAGAGACUGAGAAGUGGUGAUUUGUUUCUGAGUGUGAGAAAAGAGGCUGUUGAUUGGAUUUGGAAGGCUUAUAUGCACUAUGGAUUUAGGGAGAGGACGUUUUGUUUGUCGAUGAAUUACUUGGAUCGGGCUCUGUCUCUAUAUGAAUCGCCUCCAAGUAAAUCUUGGACAGUCCAAUUGUUAGCUGUGGCAUGCCUAUCACUUGCAGCCAAAGUGGAGGAGAUUAGUGUUCCUUUGUUGACUGAAUUACAGGUUGGGGAUCCUAAGUUUCUAUUUGGAGGCAUAUCUAUACAAAGAAUGGAACUUUUGAUACUAAGAACAUUGAAGUGGAGAAUGCAAGCUUAUACACCUUGCACAUUCAUAGAUUAUUUUGUAAGAAAGAUGAAUGAUGAUCAAAUCCCAUCGGGGCAUUUGAUUUCUAAAUCAAUGCAAUUGAUAUUAAGCUCCAUUAGAGGCAUUGAUUUCUUGGAAUUCAGGACUUCUGAAAUUGCAGCAGCAGUGGCAAUAUCUGUUUCAAAGGAAAUGCUAGCAAAAUACAUUGACAAAGCAAUGCCUUGUUACUUCAUACAUGUACAAAAGGAUAGAGUGUUGAAGUGUCUUGAACUGAUUCAAGAUUUGCCAUUGGUUAGUGGGACUAUGCCCACUGCUCAAAGUCCCAAUGGGGUGUUAGAAGCUGCAUGCUUGAACUACAAAAGUGAUGAAAGCACAGUUGGAUCAUGUCCUAAUGCUUCACACAAAAGUUCAGACAAUAAAAGGAGAAAACUUGACACAUCUUUAGAGGAGCGGAAUUGAGAAAAGUUAUGCCAAUCAAUGUUGGCUAAGUGGAAGAAUUUGUAUGGCAUUGCAAAAAAGUCCAUUCAAUGAAGUAAGAGGGAGACGGGUGGGGGAAUCUUAGUAGUUUAGUUGAUUAGUUAUUUGAACUUCCACCUUGUUGGUGAGGGUUCGAUUCCUCACAUUGUAAUUCUCUCCUCCAUUCCCCUUCCCCGACCCCCCAAAAAAAAGAGUUAAAAACAAAAAAAAGAGCGAGACGGGUGGGGUGGGGUGGGGUGCGGUUGGGGUCAUGCUAACUUUUAGCAUGAUAAUGAUCCAAUUUUGAGUUGUCACAACUAUAGUAAUAGGUUGGUGUGAGGGGGAGGAUGGAAUUUUGAGAAUGACUAUCUAUUAAACUUGUUUUAUUAGUUUG